UGGAUGCAUAGCGAGGACUAAAAUUAGAGGUGCAUUCAUUUAAUUUACUCAAACCAAUUUGCAAUGGAUGUGUCACAGGAAACCGUCGAAAAAGUCCAGCGUUUCGCAGAGAAGCGUCAACGCGCCGAGGACUUCUACCAGAACCAAGAAAUCAGUCCAGCAGUUCUACAGGCGUACAAUAGAAAAUUGGACGAGACUCUAAAAGAACUUCAAGAUCAAGUCAAACGCCAAGAAGAUGACCUGCGUAGGCUGCGCGAGGUCAACUCCUUCGAUCUCUCCAAAAUAGGCACAGAUACUUGGUCGCGCGUAGCCCAAGUACAGAGAGCCAAGAGAGCCUACGACUCGCUUCUGAAAUCAGAGACCGAGUUCCCAGCCUCAGGCUCCCCCUUACCUUCUUUGUUAGCACUCGAAGAGACAUCGCGUCUUGUCAAAGAAACCAAGGUGUCUGUCUCCAUGACGGCAGAAAAUCUCUCAUCCAACCAUCAGCGUUUGAAAUCAGAGGAGGCGAAUCUCCGAGACGCUCAAGUGAUCCGGGAUGGUCUGCGAAAGCGGAUCCAGACCAUAAGCAGCGAGAAGACGACCAAGGAGAAGAAGACCGCUUCCCAGCUAGCGCGUGAACUAGCGGCGCAAGAAGAAGAAAAGCAGAAAGAGCUUGACCAAUCAACAGAGGAGAUGAAGACUGCCCUCUAUAACUUUGUGGACGAAACCCUCGCGUCCAUGCUUGCUGCCGAAGCCCUCGGCGGCCCCACGGUGGGUGACGCCGCCCAGGUCUCGGAUGCGACCUUGCAACUAGGCUAUACGAGCCAUGGAAAACCGAAGAAGCCUAAAAAUCCAGAGGCAGCGAAUCCGGAUGCUGGACAGCGCCGAAUCGACGAGAUUCUCCCGCGCCAGUCUGGGCAAGGGGAUAAUCAACCAGCUAAUCGCCGAGAGGCUGCAGCUUUGGAGAUGCGCAAUCUACUUGAUGCUUUGUUGGAGGCAGGAUCCUCCUAUAUCGAUCUGCCCCGAGAAUCGGCCGCCUCGCGGUUUUUGGUUAGAGCUAAAGUCGCCCAGUUUCAUCCUCGUGAUGCGCGACGGUUGAGACUGAUUGAUUUUGGACGCUCAUUAGACGAUUGAAUGAUUGCAUGAUGAGUCACCGUAUGUUACAUAGCUUAUUAGAGUAUAAUGAAAAGAAG